UCUUCACAUCAGUUUUUGUUGUGGUAGUUGUAAACAAACAGCGCUAAGAAUUCCAGUUAUAGCCUUUUACAAAGCAAGAGACAAUGGAAAUUGGAAGGAAUAGGACAAAUUCCAUCCGUUCUUUUCCAAAUCUUCCCCUAGAAUCUGUGAGAAAUACAGAGUCGGAUAGUUUUGUUCAUCAUACAGGAAAAGGAAGAUGGCCGAAAAAUGUGAUGCAAGACCAAGGGCCCCGUAUUCAUCUACGGCAUACAUCUUCUUGGGAUAACCAAUCUGGUACCUGUAGAGAUGAAGUUCAAAGUCCCUUCCAGCCUAUUGAGAAGCCCAGUACUCAUUCCGAGUCUCCCACAGGCCUUCACAAACCGCCACCUAUUGCUUUUUCCAAAUGGAGCCGACUACAUGGAUUUCCAGACGCCGCUGAUAAAGAAAUCGAAGGCUUUUUUCGCCCGAGUUUGGUGAAAAAAGUAGUGAGAAGCCAGAGAGGAGCAACAAAUAAAAGUCCCGAAGUUCGUAAUGCCCUUUCGACAAACAGCAUUUACGAACGAGAUUCAAAUGCAUUGUGGAAGAAGAUGUUUCCAAACACAUCGGAUACGGCCAUGAAUCGUAUACAGUUUAGUCCGUCAUCAGUAGAAUCUUCUGAAGAAGAUUUCUCCUCCUUCUGUUCGUCCAGCGAUCAUACAAUAGUUGGACGACAGUCUACCACAUCAGACCAUACAGUGACAGAGGAAAGGUUGGCUGCUCUUAAUGUCAAUGGAGGCCCGACAUCUUCCGGUUCUUUACGCGCUCCUCGAUGUACCAGAGACAGCCCUACAUCGUCUUCCGGUUCUCUCUGUACAGCUCAACUUGUCAGUAGGAGCCAAACUUCCGAAGAGGACAACUAUUACAUGCCGUCUCAAAAUAACUUCUAUCAAAACCCUUAUUCAAACAUAAAUAAGACUGGCGCUUUUCCUGGAGGAUCUUUGUCAACAAAUUCAUUGUAUGAAUCUACUGUCGAUGGACCAAUAGGCAGUCGCACCUCUACCCAUAAUUCAAAUCCAGUCAGUGUUGGGCGUACUUCCGGUACAAUGUCCACCCAGUCUUCCCUGUAUUCCGUGACUAAUGACGUCAUGAUGAGAAAGAAUUCACCAUCUCCAAUGCCAAACGAAACAAAUGGCUACUCAGACAAAAUCCAAAAGGAAGCUAACAAUCAAACAAAGCACUUUGCCAAGAUAGGCUCAUAUUAUAAACAAUGUUACGAUCAUGGUAAGGUAUGUGACGUACGCUUUUGUGUAGAUGACGAUGUUCUCUACGCCCAUAAAGGUGCUUUAUGUUCAGUUAGUCCCUAUUUUGAAACCGUAUUUAUUGAAAACAAGCAAAUGAAUUGGAAACCAAUGACUGAGAUACGUCUUAGAGGACUGUCAAUCCUGUCCUUAAAAGCCUUUCUAAAUUUUGUUUACACCGGGAGUUUUGAAGUCACCUCAUCGACCAUUUUGGAUUUGGUUAAAAUCUCGAGACAAUUUCAAGUUCCAGUUAUUCGGCAAAGAUGCCUUACAAAGUUGGAACGCCUCCCGCAAGAUGAUUUUGUUCCAUUGUUGAUGGCAGUGAGGAAGGACCCGAUGAAUGAUUUUAUGUCACCAAUUCUCAGGUGCAUUUCAGAGAAGUUUUUAGAAAUUUCUCAGCGCAGCUCUUUUCUGGAGAUGGACUUAGAUACUCUAAUUGUUGUUCUUUCACACGAUGAAUUGGUCACCUCCUCUGAAAUGGAUGUCUUCUGCGCAGCGCAGGGAACGCGUUCAGUAUCUAGACAAUAA